UUGUGUAGUGUAAAAGCAAAAACGCUGAUUUUGGAAAGGUAGGGUUACGGGUAUUUCUGGGAUAAAUGAUUCUUUUAUGCACCGUCACCCUAAUUGAAUCGCAUUCAACAAGUCAGCUCGCUGGUAAAUAUUUACUUUUAUUUAACACCUUAGCAUUGGUCAUUGUCAUUGAACAGUCACAGUGGAUCAGGAUAACGGUGAAAAGACUGCUGGGAAAAUGGCGAGAUCAGCACGUCGGGUUGCGCUGGUGCUCUGCGGAGUGGUGCUCACGGUGCUGGUGCUGCUUCAGCUGACCAGUCGCUCUGCACUGCCUUGCACCACAAAUCCCGGGGGACGGACCAGUGGUGUUCCCCUGAAGGAGGUGCGGAUGGCUGGCAUCGGCCCUGUGGACCGUAACAUGCCACUGAUAUUCAUCGGUGGUGUUCCCCGCUCCGGCACCACGCUGGCACGUGCCAUGCUGGACGCCCACCCUAUAGUGCGCUGUGGAGAGGAGACGCGAGUGAUUCCGCGCAUUCUCAGUCUGCGCUCACACUGGAAAAAGUCCGCCAAGGAGACGCUGAGACUGAAUGAGGCGGGUCUGACCGAUCAGGUUCUCGAUUCAGCCAUCUCCUCGUUUAUGCUGGAGGUGAUCGUUGGCCACGGUGAGCCGGCGCAGCGGCUGUGUAACAAGGACCCGUUCACCAUCAAAUCGGCCACCUACCUGCACCAGCUGUUCCCGCGUGCCAAGUUUGUGUUCAUGGUGCGGGACGGACGGGCGACCGUUCACUCCAUCAUAUCGAGACAGGUAACCAUCACUGGGUUCGACUUGACCAGCCCGCGCCAGUGUCUGCGCCGCUGGAACACCGUAGUGGACACCAUGGACCAGCAGUGCGAGGAGCUCGGCGACCAGUGGUGUCUGCGCGUCCCCUACGAGCUGCUGGUGCUCGAGCCGCGCCGGUGGAUGCAGCGCAUCCUUGGAUUCCUGGAUGUGCCCUGGAAUGAGACGGUGCUGCAUCAUGAGAAGACUAUCAAUAAACCUGGCGGAGUGUCGCUGUCCAAGGUGGAGAAGUCCUCCGACCAGGUAGUACGACCGGUCAACACGGACGCGCUUACCAAGUGGGUCGGCUGGUACGCCGAGGACGUGGUUCGCGACAUGGCGCAGCUGGCUCCCAUGCUGGAGACGCUGGGCUACGACCCGGAGGCAAACCCGCCCAACUAUCGGCAGCUGCAGACUGACCGCGGCCACGAGUUUGAUGAGGACCAGGACGGCGACGAGGAGGAUGCAGAGGAGGAGGGCAGCUGACUUGAUGGUCUAUAGAAGAGGACCGGAUACUGGUGGCUAGGGCUGGCCGGGAUCACCGCUGUUAUUUUAGAGCCGGACUUGCCGAGGACGGUGCUGUGACAUUAUUACACCAAAACACCACCAAUUGCGGUGGUGUGACACCAAAGGCACCACGCUGGGUGAGUGGUGUAGUGGCAGAGCUAUGGGCUUCAUUGGCACCACGCUCCGUGGUGUUACCUGAGUCUGAUGAGGGUUUCAGACGCACAGUGAUGGCGCGGGGACUGAGUGCGACGCGUGGUGUUUCGACACAGAACUGUUCCAAGUCGUGGACGCAAGACUCGGUGGGUAUGCGUCCGUCGGUGAAGUGAUGCGAGUUUGACGGCACACUUCAUAUUUGAGUUCGCUUUUUGGACGAGACGCUCUUUAUAAGACGUUACUAUUGCUGAGAUUUCAUGCUAGGUGCUUACUGCUUAGCAAGGAUAACAUAACUUUUGUUAAAGAACUGGUUUAUCUUGACAGACCUAAGAGCUAUCUCCCAUAUUGGGAAUUCAGUCUCCAGUUUUGUGUUCGUUUUUUUUUUCUAAGACAGUUAUUUGUGCUCAGUUACCUACUAGUUUACCUAGAAUGCUUCGUUGGGAACUGCUUAGGUUUAAAUCUAAGUACAGCAAUCGCGUGUGCGGCCUGUACAGAUAUUUUGUUGAGUUAUCCCUAAUCAAAAGAUAAUGUCUUUGUUGAUCAGCUGAUUUGACUUGAUUUGUGGUAUUAGUUAGUAGCCCUUUUAUUAUUUAUCGUAGGACAGUCGCAUAAUAUUUGGAUCAGAACCGAAGGCCGGUUUUGAUGCCAACAGUAACUGGGUACACAAAGCAAGCAUGACAUGUAAUCUAAGCGCGAUAGGGUAGUGUGGCAUAUUGUCAUGUUUUAGCGAGAAGAAUGUAAGGCUGCUGACUGCUGUCGCACACGCGCGUAUGUCUCUUGAAGAGUCUGUAGUUAUAUGUAGCUGUAGUGGUACGUUUCUUCACCGGGGCUUCCCCUUCAGAAUCAGCCUGUAUUUUCUUCGCCAGCUUCUAUCAUGAAUUGUGCAUCAUGUUUGCCUAAUGGCACGGUGUGCUGGGUGCCGAUAAAUGGCGUAAAUUGUUUCUGAGCAAUAUUUGUGGGUAUUUAUAUUCUUUUUUACGAAUUUUCUAUAAUAUUUCUACGUUUUUAUGAACGUUUUAUAGUUUGGUUUCUGCACAGAGCGUAUUUUUUUCUAUUUAGUGUUAUUGCGGCGGCGGUUGGGACAGGUGAACUGUCUCGCGCGAGUUGUUCAGAGGCCGUGCUGUCAGCUACCGGUACAAAGUCAGAAUCUGUGCCCGGAACGCAUGUUCAGCCGGGCUGCUUCUUGAGUCAGGCACGCAAUGGCUCACCACAGAAGCGAUAUAGAGUGCAGCGCGGACCGGCGGCUGUGUAGCAUACUCGGAAAUCGACGCCCCCGCCUCGGACGGUGUUUUGGGUGCGUGCAAUGUGACGUUAUGAGCCGUGUAAAUGAAACAUGGAGCGCUUUAGUAGCGAACCCUUGCAAAACCUGAUGUAGGUUGCUCGCUGAUUAUGUGAUGCUCUUUCGUGACCAUGUGUAAAUGAACCGUCAUUUAUCGCAUGCUGGUAGCGGGGGCUGUUCGGACAUUGACAAUGUGAACGGUGCUUUAGACAGUUACUAUAAUACGUAGUGCCAAUCAUGCUUUGUGCUGUCCCUUCUGCUGAGGGUUUGUUAGUUAGAGCAGGGGCUUCAACCGUACCCCAUAAGAUUGCAGGGUUGGGGCCGUGAAGCCAAGAGCUGUGUUCACGAGAUGUAUAAUAGGACGCACUUCCUGGCUUGUGAUACUGGUAUAGAACUAGGAGACCUGCUCAUGCGAGCGAAUUGGGGCGCUGUUUUUACUUACACUGUUUAAUAUAAGGACUUUUGUAUAUAA